CUACCUAUUAAUAUGUAAAAUCAUGAAAACGUGACUGUCAAUUUGUAAUUAUCUGUCUUCGAAGAGAACGAUAAAGCGUGAUCCUGAAUUUUAUUAGUUUUAAACUCACAUUUGUAGGACGUAAAAACUUAAACUUGAUUCCGUAUUAAAUAGGGUGGGUUUCUGAUAAAUUUUCAUGAAAAUGACCUCAUCUAUAGAGAAACUUAAACUAACUACCUGCGAUGCAAUUGACAGGGUUGCCGCGGAUUUAAAGAAGAUCAGUGAUAAUAUUUGGACCAAUCCGGAGCUAGGGCUGGAAGAGAGACACGCACAUAACGUACUUAUGACGUUUCUUGAGAAACAUGGAUUUCUGACAGAAAGAUCGUAUAAACUGGAAACAGCGUUCCGAGCCACAUUCAGUAGCAGCUCUAAUGUACCAAAUAUCGUCUUCAUCAGUGAGUACGAUGCUUUACCAUCUAUCGGGCAUGCCUGUGGCCACAAUUUGAUAGCUGAAGUUGGAAUAGCAGCUGGUCUAGGUCUUAUGGAAGCUCUAAAAUCAUCGAAUAAUAUAAGAGGAAAGGUAACUGUUCUAGGAACUCCAGCGGAAGAAGGUUAUGGUGGAAAGAUAGAUCUGCUCAAUGCUGGUACGUUCACAGAUAUUGAUGUUGCAAUGAUGGCACAUCCAUUUCCAGACAACGACCCUACGCCAAUUGCACUGGCAAGAGAAACUAUGCAGAUAACAUACAUAGGGAAAGCAUCGCACGCCGCUGGAUACCCAUGGGAAGGAAUCAAUGCACUGGAUGCUGCGGUCACGUGCUACAACAGUAUCGCAUGUCUUCGACAGCAGAUGAAGCCAAACUGGCGCGUGCAUUAUAUUAUAAAAGAAGGCGGUGUUAAAGUGAACAUUAUACCAGAAAAGGCAGUUCUUCACAUCGGAAUCCGGGCACCUACAGAUUCAGAAAUGCACAUAUUGAAAUCCAAAGUAGUAGAAAUUUACAAAGUAGCUGCUGUGGCAACUGGCUGUCGGGUUGAAAGUGAAAUUGUUGGUAAGGUAUAUUCUGCAAUGUUACACAAUAAAGUGAUGGUGGACCUUUAUAAAUCGAAUAUGGCAACACUUCAGAAAGAGGCUGUGCCCUCUGUGCAGAGUGCCGUGUUGGGGUCUACGGACAUGGGUAACGUAUCUCAAGUGGUGCCCAGUAUACAUCCAAGCUUCCAUAUAGGUGGCAGGGAGGUCAAUCAUACUCGAGGAUUCACAAAGGAAGCAGGUGAUGCAAAAGCUCAGCAGUUUGCUUUGAUACAAGCCAAGACCCUUGCAAUGGCAGCAAUAGACAUCCUAAUGGACCCAGAUCUACUGAACAAGAUAAAAGAAGAAUUUUUGCAAAACAAGGACAGAGAUUCUUGAGGAUAUAUAGCAUUGCAUGCUAAUCUUCCGUCAAAUGUGGUCAAUUUUUUGGGCUAUUUCUUUUACAAUACUAUACCAGCCUCAAAUAUUUCAAAACAAGUGCAAUAUAAAUGUAUAAAUUUAAACACAUUGUUCAAUGUUUUGCCGUCAAAACAAAUUGUACAGGACUUUAUCUCAAAAGUCGAGUCCCAUUGGCGAAUAGGCAAAACUGACUAAACAUUUCAAAGGGCUAUACAAUUACUGUACUAAAUAAAUCACGUUUUUCUCGCGAGUUAGGAAAUAAUUUACUAUGUUUCGGCAAAUUAUACUUUGCUGAAAAAAAUAAUUCAUAAGAUGAAAACAAGAAGAAUUCGACCUACAUUCAAUUAGCCGUGACAAUUAGCUAGAACUAAAAUAUAAGUCAUAGAAUGAAUGCAGUUUGGUAGCAAGAAGUGAUAUCUGCAGGAUUAAACUCUUACAUUAAUCAAGGACAGGAAAACCUCCUUAUCUGGACGUCGGAUACUAUCUUGAUAACGUGCAUUGGCAGAUAAUCAGAUUUGUAGAAAAUAUGCUCAGGUUCUGCAAGAGAGAUAUUGCAUGUCUUUAGCCGCGCAAUAUUAAUCCACGAAAGAGGAAACGCAUAUUUUUUAUGCAAAGCUAAUUAUCUGUAGUUUUUACUUAUAAAAUAUGUACAGAUUGUUUUUUGCUUUUUGACUGAAAAAAAUCUCGAUGUUAAUGUACAUUGUGACGCAUCGUUAUCCAUUCAUAUAGUCUCAUUAAUGGCUUCACACGCCUGAUACUAGCAUGAAUGUUCUAUUACAACUAAACGGAGUUCAAAACGAUUAUGACAUAAUUUGAGUUCCAUCAGUUACAUACGCUCAAAGGGUAUACAGUCAUUGCCGAUAAUGUAACUUUUGAUUACCGGGCUACCCUUUUAUUACUGAAACUGUUUACAAUUUUAUGUUUUCCCGCCUUUUUCGAAGAAAAAGGGGGGGGGGCAUAGAAAUGGGCUCGCUCGUCCGAGCUUCUGUCUUUUCAUCUAUGCUUCUGUCCUUCCAUCCGUCACACUUCGUGUCCGGUCCAUAACUCUGCCUUUCGUCAAGGGGUUUUAAAAUAACUUGGCACAAAUGUCCCACAGGAUGAGACGACGUGUCAUGCUCAAAUCCCAGACCCCUAGCUCAAAGGUCAAGGUAACACUUAGGGGUCAAAGAUCAACAGGGUCUGUCUCAUGUCCGGCCAUAACUCUGCCAUUCAUCAAAUGAUUUUGAAAUUACUUGUCACAAAUGUUCCCAUAAUGAGACAAAAUAUUAUGCGCAAGAUCCAGAGUCCUAGCUACAAGGUCAGCGUCACACUUGGAAGUCACAGGUUAAGAGCAUCAGUUUCAUGUCCGGUACAAAACCCUACCAUUCAUGAAUGGAUUUAAAAACCAUUUGGCACAAAUAUUCCCCAUAAUGAAACGACUUCUUACGUGCAAGACCCUGACCGCUGUCUCAAAGCUCAAGGCUCACUUAGAGGUCAAAGAGAAUAGGUUUAUUUCUCGUCUGGUCAAUAACAUUAUUUUGCAUGGAUUGAUAUUCGUAAGUAACUUAACACAAACAGUCACCAUAACAAGUUGAUUUAUCACAUGUAAGACUCAGACCACUAGGUCAAGGUCAAGGUCACAUUUGGGUAUAAAACAUUUUCGGUAUUUUUUGCCUGGUCUGCAACUUUUUAUGUACAGGUGUAUAUUUGAAUAAGUUGGCUUAAACAUUCACCACCCCAAGAUAAUAUGUCAUGUACAAAUGGCAAGGUCACAGGCACCAAAGUUAAAUUUCUUUUUUGUAAGUACAUGUAUUUACUUCCCUUUUAUAUGAUUAAGGUGAAUACAUGUGGGUUUUCAUCAGUUUUCCCACUAAUUUAAAACUGAAAUUAUGCUUAGAAUAAGAUGAUUGGUAUUGAUAGAUAUAAAAAAGCUAUAACUUUAUUUUAUAUAAUAUAGGUAAAUGCAGCAUUGUUAUGAUUGCAAUACAUUGGGUUUAUAUGCAGUGCAGCUCUGCUUUGAUCAACACUAGUAUUAACUUUCUCUGGUAUUCAAUUUAAAAACAAGUUUUAUGAGUACCAUUUCAAUUUCAUGCAUUUCAUUUGUGUAUUAAUUACCUCCCUUUAAUUUGAUAAGAUAUUUCAUCAUUUUUCAGUUUUUUUUCUCGUACCAAUUUUAAAAUAAUAUCACAUUAAAUCUUUAAUAAACAGAUAUCAACAUUUGAAAGCAUUCACCAAUUAUUGUUUUUAGACAUUGUCAAACUACAUAACCUCUUCAUGAAUUUAUAUUAUAAACAUUUUCCCCUUUACUUAGAAGAAGAUUUUGUAUUGGCUUGCAAUAUGUUUUGUGAAAAUGUCUCAAGGCAGGGGAAGGUGGUAAGUCUGUUACAAUUUCUUGUUUAGGUUUUAUUAGAAUAAAAUAACCUGUCAGUAUUGUUUUCAUGUUUAAUUAAAAUAUGUCUGUAUUAUGUCUGAGAUAAAAGCAAGAAUCCAAGUAUUGUCUUAUUAAAGUUGUUAAGUGUAGUACAAA